GCCAAAGGCGGAACCCGAUCCCGCGGAAGACGCUGGUGUAGCGCGGAGGUUGCCAACGCUUCUUGUUGCAUCUCGAGAAAAAGCAAAAAAGAAGAAGAAGAAGAAGGGGAUAAAAAGCAAUCGCGAAGAAAAUAUCAACAUGAUGCCAAUGUCUUUCGUCUUCUCCGAUCAAGUGGUCCUUCUCUUUGACUUCUGGAGCGUUCACAGCGCAGCAGGGAUGGUGCUCUCCGUAGCGGUGGUCAUGCUAAUAGCGGUGCUGUACGAGGCCGUCAAGGUCAGCAAGGCCAAGCUGAUCCAGCGCGCGACGCCGACGCCCAUCGCCACCAGCGUCAGCCAGGAGACUCUCGGCGAGCCGGAGAGGGGGUCUGUCAGCACGGGCAUCGGGCAGCUGCCCAGCUCCCCCCAAAAGAGCUGGUGGUUCCCGUGGCACGUGGCCCAGUCCCUGCUCCACGUGGUCCAAGUGGUCCUCGGUUACCUGGUGAUGCUGGCCGUGAUGUCUUACAACACGUGGAUCUUCCUGGGCGUGAUUGUGGGCUCGGCAAUCGGGUACUAUUUGGCGUACCCGCUCCUCAGCAUCAGAUAGCAGCCCUGGGGAGGCUGAAACAAUGCAAACUGAACCGGCCCCCAGGUCAGGAACUGAUCCACGAAGCUCAGCUGGGCAACGGAGGUCCCCCCAAUGGUGGCUCCAAGAUUCUGUCGCUCAGCCUGAUUGCAUCUCUGACUCCCCACAUCCAGGAUAUUUACAACUUCGAAUGUUUGUAGAACAGCGUUUCUUGCUUCCAUUUUGGUUUUCCAAGUGCCUUUGAACGAACGCCUAAAGCCCGCUGUAUCCACGGACUGAAACCACCGGUCCAUCAAGACUUGUGUCACCUGCUCCAACCUGGUAGUACAACUCCCAUGACCCCCAGCCAGCAUGGCCCACAGCCAUGCUAGAUGAAGAUGCUUGAGGUUUCAGUCCCACACACCUGAAGGGUGCCAGGUUGGGGAAGGCUAGUCUACUCUAGUGUGGGUGGGGACGGGGAGCUCUACUAACCCUGGACCUGAAAUACUUCAACAGGGGAUACUCUACUAACAUGAAAAACUAUUUCUUUCAAACCAUGUGCUCUGCCUUUGCGUCCCAUUCUUAUCGUGGGGAAAAGAUCCAGUGAAACAGGCAGGCCAUUGGUUCAACAGCAACAAUGCCACGGCCUGUUCAGACAACACUCUUAAGCCACGGUUAGGCUGUUAGCCCUUUUGUAGCAAAUGGUUAGCUAGCAUGUUUAAACCGUGGUUAUGUAGCCGCCAUGAUUAGGAAGUGUUCAUAGAAUAGUAGAGUUGGAAGGGGCCUACAAGGCCGUCGAAUCCAACCCCCUGCUCAGUGCAGGAAUCCACCUUUCAGCCAUCCCUGACAGAUGGUUGCCCAGCUGCCUCUUGAAGGCCUCUAGUGUGGGAGAGCCCACAACCUCCCCAGGUCAUUGGUUCCAUUGUUGUACUGCUCUAACAGUCAGGAAGUAAAGUUGGUCCGCAUUUUAAUAUGAACCGACGUAGUUUGUAAUUCCCAAAUCAAUGUGUGAACCGGAAAUCAAUCAUCCUCUGGGUUUUUUGCACGUUGACCUCGUUUGCAAUGCUCUAAUAAAAAAAACACCCACAGGUGUACAUCAUUGGGCCGCAGCGGCUGGGGCUGAUGGAACUGGAAGAUGGGAUUCCAGCUCCUUAUCUGCCAUGGACUCAGACAGUUUGGAGCAAGUUACCUGCUCCACUUAAUCUGUGCAAACAAGAUUUUUAUGAUGGCAACACAGGCUAUAAAGACCACAAUAUUAGAAAUUUUGUGUGUGUGUGUGUGUGUGUG